AGCGGUAGCACCCGAGGGAGGCGAACUCCCGCGUUUCACACCUGCUUCUCGCCCGCUGCGCACGCGCGUCACCCUCGCCCAGUGCGCACGCGCGUUGCUACCCCCCGGACCCCGCAGGCGCGGUGAAUCGAACGUCGAGCACGGCGGCGGGCGGUGCGGAGUGCUGAGCGGCCUCACCCCCAACCGUCGGCCCAGUAGGACGGUUCCGAGGCGUUGCCCGGCGCCGGGAGCGGCUCUGCCUGGACUCGGAGAAACGCGGGGCAUCUGCCUGAGCCCACUUUUCUACAAGAUGUGGGGAUUUUUGAAGCGCCCUAUAGUGGUGACGGCCGACAUCAACUUGAGCCUCGUGGCCCUGACUGGGAUGGGGUUACUGAGCCGGCUGUGGCGACUCACGUACCCGCGGGCUGUGGUUUUUGACGAAGUGUAUUAUGGGCAGUACAUCUCUUUUUACAUGAAACGAAUCUUCUUCUUGGAUGACAGUGGGCCGCCAUUGGGCCACAUGGUGCUGGCCUUGGGAGGUUAUUUAGGAGGAUUCGAUGGCCAUUUUUUGUGGAACAGAAUUGGAGCAGAAUACAGUAGCAACGUGCCCGUGUGGUCCCUGCGCCUGCUGCCGGCGCUCGCCGGGGCCUUGUCCGUCCCCAUGGCCUACCAGAUAGUGCUGGAGCUCCACUUUUCUCAUUGUGCCGCCAUAGGAGCUGCUCUGUUGAUGCUUAUCGAGAAUGCUCUCAUCACUCAGUCAAGGCUAAUGCUUUUGGAAUCAGUGUUAAUAUUUUUUAAUCUAUUGGCCGUGUUGUCCUACCUGAAGUUCUUCAAUUGCCAAAAGCACAGCCCUUUUUCUCUGAGCUGGUGGUUCUGGCUAACACUGACAGGGGUUGCUUGUUCCUGCGCUGUGGGCAUCAAGUACAUGGGUAUGUUCACAUACGUGCUCAUGCUGGCAGUUGCAGCUGUCCAUGCCUGGCACCUGAUUGGAGACCAGACUUUGUCCAAUGUAGGUGCUGACGUCCAGUGCUGCAUGAGGCAGGCCUGUGUGGGGCAGAUGGGGAUGUCACAGGGGGUCUGUGUGUUCUGUCACUUGCUGGCCCGAGCAGUGGCUUUGCUGGUCAUCCCGGUCGUCCUGUACUUACUGUUCUUCUACGUCCAUUUGAUUCUGCUCUUCCGCUCUGGGCCCCACGACCAAAUCAUGUCCAGUGCGUUCCAGGCCAGCUUAGAGGGAGGACUAGCUCGGAUCACCCAGGGUCAGCCGCUGGAGGUGGCCUUUGGGUCCCAGGUCACUCUGAGGAACGUCUUUGGGAAACCUGUGCCCUGCUGGCUGCAUUCCCACCAGGACACCUACCCCAUGAUAUAUGAGAACGGCCGAGGCAGCUCCCACCAGCAGCAGGUGACCUGUUACCCCUUCAAAGACGUCAAUAACUGGUGGAUUGUAAAGGAUCCCGGGAGGCACCAGCUGGUGGUGAGCAGCCCUCCGAGACCCGUGCGGCACGGGGACAUGGUGCAGCUGGUCCACGGCAUGACCACCCGCUCCCUGAACACGCAUGAUGUUGCAGCCCCUCUGAGUCCCCAUUCACAGGAGGUCUCCUGCUAUAUUGACUAUAAUAUCUCCAUGCCCGCCCAGAACCUCUGGAGACUGGAAAUUGUGAACAGAGGAUCCGACACAGACGUCUGGAAGACCAUCCUCUCAGAGGUCCGCUUUGUGCACGUGAACACUUCUGCGGUCUUAAAGCUGAGCGGGGCUCACCUCCCUGACUGGGGGUAUCGGCAGCUGGAGAUCGUCGGGGAGAAGCUGUCCCGGGGCUACCACGAGAGCAUGGUGUGGAACGUGGAGGAGCACCGAUACGGCGCGAGCCAGGAGCAGAGGGAGCGGGAACGGGAGCUGCACUCACCUGCACAGGUGGACGUCAGCAGGAACCUCAGCUUCAUGGCGAGAUUCUUGGAGCUGCAGUGGAGGAUGCUGGCGCUGAGAAGCGAUGACUCGGAACACAAGUACAGCUCCAGCCCGCUGGAGUGGGUCACCCUGGACACCAAUAUUGCCUACUGGCUGCACCCCAGGACCAGCGCUCAGAUCCACCUACUUGGAAACAUAGUGAUCUGGAUUUCAGGCAGCCUUGCCCUGGCCAUCUACGCCCUGCUGUCCUCGUGGUACCUGCUGCGACGGCGAAGAAACAUCCAUGACCUCCCUCAGGAUGCCUGGCUGCGCUGGGUGUUGGCUGGGGCGCUGUGUGCUGGUGGCUGGGCAGUGAACUACCUCCCGUUCUUCCUGAUGGAGAAGACACUCUUCCUCUACCACUACCUGCCCGCACUCACCUUCCAGAUCCUUCUGCUCCCUGUCGUCCUGCAGCACAUCAGCGACCACCUGUGCAGGUCCCAGCUCCAGAGGAGCGUCUUCAGCGCCCUGGUGGUGGCCUGGUACUCCUCCGCAUGCCACGUGUCCCACACGCUGCGCCCACUCACCUACGGGGACAAGUCACUCUCGCCACAUGAACUCAAGGCCCUUUGCUGGAAAGACAGCUGGGACAUCUUGAUCCGAAAACACUAGAACAAGAGCGUGGCAAAGAACACCCGAGCUGGGGUCGGGACAAGGUCGAAGGGUCUUGGUCAGUGUAGUUAACGAGCAGGGUGGGCCCCGCGCUGGGAGGACAUGGGCCAGGCUCGGCAGGGCCUCCACUGGAACGCGUGGGAGUCUCAUUCUUGAAGAGCCCUCUGGUGAGCACCUCCUUUUGUGCAAAGUUCAUUUUUUCUCCUCAACAAUGAAGAUGUUCCCUCCAUGUCUUCACCCCUGAGCUAAGACACAGGGAGUAUUUCAGCGGCCAGUGUAGGAGUCAUCGAUGAAGAAAAGCCGAGAACCCAAGGCCAGCAGUGGAGCAAGUGGCCUCAGCAGACCGGGGCCUGGUCCUUGCUAACCGCUGCAGGGUGGAGUUUGAUCUGGCAGACCCGAUCCUCCUUCAUGAACACCCAGCAACCUGAGCAAGUCCCAGCCCUGCCCUGAGUGAGCCCGGCAGGCGUCCCGGGACAGGCGUUCAGGAGGGCCGCCUGAACAGUGAGCAGGGGCUGGGGCUUGUGAGUCAUUCUCUGUGACAGCAUCAAGACUGGCCCUCCGCACCAUGCUGUGUGGAAGCCCUCCUGAGCCUGCCGAGACCCGGCUGAGUGAAAUCUUCCUCAGUGGUCGAGGUGUGUGUCAUCCAUACAGCUCCUUGCCUUUACUUUGUCUUUUUAAAUAUAAUAAUUAAAAAAAGGACAAACUGGCAUUUGUA